CUCUAAACAGGAAGAAAGCUAUAUUUUAUUCAACAAUGGCUGUAAUGAAAUAUCUCACAUGCACGGUCACAUGACCUAGUUGUAUAUAUGAGUGUGUAUUUGGAAACAAAAACAUAGAGAUUUAGAGUAUUGUAACAAGAAGAUGAAGAACACUUUAACUUUAGAAAAAAAUACAAUCAAGAAAGGUGCAUGGAGUAAAGAAGAGGACGACAAGUUACGAGCUUAUAUUCAAAGAUAUGGCCACUGGAAUUGGCGUUUACUUCCGAAGUUUGCUGGUUUGUCUAGAAGUGGGAAGAGUUGUAGAUUGCGAUGGAUGAAUUAUCUUCGCCCAAACAUCAAACAUGGAAAUUUUACAAAAGAAGACGAUGAGAUCAUUGUGAGAUUGCAUAAAAAUAUUGGCAACAAAUGGACUGUUAUAGCUGCUCAUAUGCCUGGAAGAAGUGACAAUGAUGUAAAAAACCGUUGGAACUCGCAUUUGAAGAAACGGGUUCAAGAUUAUCAAACUCAUGUGUUAAAAAACAUUAAUCGCCAUGAAACCACGAAGCCUGAUGAAGCAGCUUCAUGUUCUUCUGGCACUAAUAGUAGCUCAGAUGAUCAUAUUCCAAGUGAUGUUACGCCACAAAAUUACGAUUACGAAUUGAGUGGAGACUUUUGGACCGAUCCAUUUUUACUGGACAUUUAUACGUCAUCAGUUGAAAACACAACGCCGUGGAGUUUAGUCCACAAUUUCGGCUCUCAGUCUUCUUGGGAUGAUAUGACUAUCAGUGAGGAUUUGUCAUGGUCAGCACUGAGUUCAUAUUUUGAAUACAAUAAUUACUGAUAAUUAAAUUGGUUUCAUAGUCAACAUGUUCGAUAAAUUAUGUCGGUAUAAUUUAACACGAUAGAUGAUCGUUUUGAUUUUUGUAUAUCGUUAAUAUAACUAGCUAUCUUAAAUUACAUUUAAAAAUUAUAUGUA